GGGCGGGCAUAGCUAAGGAGGAGCCAGAGACAGCGGCAGGGAUGGUCCUCGCUGCGGUGCUGCUGCCGCUGGCUGCGGUGGUGCUGCUCUCAGGGGGUGUCGACGGCAGGUUAUCAGAUAUCAAAAAUGGCCCCCUGAGGAUGCCAUCGCCAGCAUCAGCAUCAGCACCAGCAGCAUUACUCUGUGCCCAGCACCUUGAUUCAAUAAGACAGCCCGCACGCAGCCUGCAAGAGACAUUGGUCUCUCCAAGCCCUGGCUCGUAUCCAAUGGCCACACUGUGCUUCUUACGUCCGCUUCUCCACAGACCGGUCCCUCUGCUUCAAACCCUGGUCCCUGGCCCGCUUGACCUCUCUGGCUCUGCUUGCCUCUGGCUGCUCUGCUUCCUUUAAACCCGGGGCGAUCGUUCCCGUCUGUCCCUUCGUCCCUCUGCGCUGGCCUUGUCCCUCCCUCGCUUUGCCGAAGCUGUCUUGUUCCCUGCUGUGCCCUGUCGAGGCGCUCUUGUCUCCUCUCCUCGCCUUCUCCCUUCUCCUCCUCCUCCUAUAUCUCCUCCGUCUUCCCCUUCAUCUCCCUCCUGGCUCGUAUUACUACUGCUAGCAUUCUGAUUAUGCCCUGUAUCGCCAAUACGUCAGAUUCCACGUGUGGUUUUGCGCAGAAAAAGAAACGACCCGAAGCCAACGGCGCAAAAGGGCACGGAGCAGCCCAUAUCUAGGAGUUGCUCCUAGAGCUACAACCGCCCGGCUGCUGUGCAUAAAACUACGUGCUUCCGACGAUUCUUUUGCCUCCGUCGCUAGCUUUCCCCGGAUUCUGCUCUGCUCUGCUGCAAAUCCGGCCUGGGUGUCUAUGCGCUGUGGCCCAGGAGAAGACGCUUCCUGGCGUGUGUUGAUGGACUCCGGAGUCAGGCUAUUACGUCCUGAUAUAACAUACAUAUACAUACGUAUAUACUCCGUAUAUACUGCUGCAUCUACAACAACAACAACAACAGCUGAUACUGAACAUCCCGUCACUCUCUGCGAUGGUCCUGGAUCAUAGCCUGCCGCUCGGAGCCUAGGACGCCUGCUCUGCUCUCCUCUUUCUUCACGAUGGACAUGGACUCCGGCUUCUCCUCCAAGCUGUACUCCCGGCCCCCCGGGGCCCAGACGAGGAUGCAGGUCAACCCGACGCUGCUGGUGAGCUGGUGGGCGACGGGCUUCUCGCUCGCCAUCAUCCUCGUGCGUGUCUGCGGCCGCUACAUUCGGACGGAGAGGCUCUUCAUCGAGGACUGGGUGAUGGCGCUCAGCAUCAUCCCGCUGCUCGUCCGCAUGGGCUUUACCCAUGUAGUCCUGCUGUUCGGCACCAACAACGCCUCGCAGUACCACCACCGCUUCACGCCAGACGAGAUCCAUAGGCGCGAGAUAGGGAGUCGCAUGGUACUUGGUGCGAGGAUCUUCUACGCCAUUUUCAUAUGGACGGCCAAGUUCACCAUUGCCGAAUUCCUGGGACGCAUCACGGCGCAGAUCUGGAGGCGUUCGUUCCAGUAUGUCCUCCAGAUUAUCCGCUUCUUCCUCGCAGUCACCUUCGUCGCCGUGGUCAUCACCACCUUGACCGAGUGCCAGCCCUUCAACCACUACUGGCAGGUCUCCCCUGACCCGGGGCCGCAGUGUCGCCAGGGCUAUGCGCAGCUCAUCACCAUGGGGACUUGCAACGUCGUCACUGACUUGCUCCUGGUCAUGUUCCCCAUCCCCAUCAUCCAGCUGUCCGCCAUGCCCACGGGCCGCAAGAUCUCCUUGACGCUGCUCUUCACUCUCCCGCUCGUUCUGGUGGCCAUUACCUGCUACCGGAUACCGUCCGUCAUCUCCCACCGAGGAUCCCAACAGUAUCGCUCCUUGCUGGCCUCCCUCGAGAUCCUCGCUGCCGCUGCCGUAUCGAACGCCAUUGUCAUUGGAUCCUUCGUCCGGGACCGUGGCCUGAAGAAGCAAAAGUUCAAAGCUGCCUCGUUCAGCGAGAGCUUGGAACAGACGACCUCCCGCCGGGCCACCAUCACUCACCACCAUUGGGGCUCUGAUGCAGAUCUUGUCAGCGACCUGGGCAUCAGGCUUGAUCCCAGUCUGCGGCCGCUGAGCUACCAGAAGAUCCGGCCUGCUCCAGUAGCCGUUCCUCACGCUGUGUUGUCCAAACGGGGCUCCGUGGAUCGCAACUGGCAAUUCCCAUCCGCACAGCAGCUUGCAGAUGACGACCGUACGUCCACCUCUGAUAGCCUAAGCGGUCUGAAAGUCCAUCCUUACGAGUAUAUAGAAACAAACUCCCGUCCGCCAGCCCGCAGGUCCAACAGCGGCACCCCGUCCAAAUACAUCUCCCUUUCCAAGGUAUCCCUCAACGACGUCGGCGGACUGCUCGAUCCCCCCAAGCCCAAGGAAGAGCCCAUCCCUCCGCCUCCCGCAGCACACAUUUCUUCCCCCAACGCCCUCCCCGAAGCCCCUGGACCCUCGCGUAGCCGGACACAUCUCUUCCGCGCCGUGGCUGGAUUCCUCUCCCCGUCAAGCAGCGGAAGCUCCCCCAGACAAUCCUCCCCAUCUCUAGGCAGUUCUCCACGGGUGUUACCCAAUUUCUCGCGCCCUACACUCGACAGGACAUACCUGGCUACUGGAGCUCGGGCAGGGCCAAACCACGACAGAAGACCGUCUUCUCCUGGUAUAUCGCCUGACGAAGCUCGUCCUCGAGAUGACUCACCAAGUGCCCCGGGGAGUGCCUGA